CCGGUGUGGCCGCCGUGAUGUCACUGGCACGAUGCCCGCGCGCCUAGCAAUCACUCUACUUGUGCUACAGUGUCUUGGAAUAUGUGUACCCAUCAGGGUCCCCACCGUGUGGGAUGGUGAUAACAGUGAAGUGCAACCUGAAGAGGACAAGUUUUCAGUAGAACAGUUUAAACCGCAAGUCGUGCAACAACAGCCGAUACCCAUUCAAUACUUCGAAUAUACGGCGAAAAAACCUCAGUUCGCAGUGGAUGUCGCCGCUUUUCAUGGUGUACAGACACCCGAGAAGCUUUUCAAAGCACGACCAGUGACACCAAUCAAUGGGAGAAUCAAACCAGAGUUGGGAAGACACCGAAUACAGGAUGAAGAUAGACCAGUGUUUCACCAGUUUCAGAAAUAUAUUAAUCAAAAUGAUAAUUUAGGGUCUUAUGUCACUCCAGCGACCUCUGUCUACAAUGUAUUUCAUCCGUACAAAGCUGAAGAACCUCGUUUGCAGGAGAUAUACAAAGAUCCCGUUUUAGAUAAAAUACGGAAUGAUAUACGUGUCAGUAGCCAGCGAUUAGAAAAACAACAAAAUGACGAUGGAAAGUCAAAUGUGUCAAAAGAUGAGUACUUAGAAAGUCUUGACCAGACAGAUUCCAAAAAAGCACCUCAGAAAAAUGAGCCCGUUCCUUAUGAAAUACAUAGACCACAGCGACGUCCUGUUUACUACAGACCAAUACCAAAACAUCCUAACAGGGAUCAAGUAUUAAAUCAACGCUUCAAGCACCCAUGGAAUCAAAAUUAUGUUAAAAUAAGACCAUUGCAUUAUCAACCUCUUAAACACCAAUUACAGAGACUAAGACAACACCACGCUUUAACAUAUGAUGAUGAGCGCAAUCAAUAUCCUCAGGUACCUAUUUUACAACCAUAUGAAGAACCAUCUAAUGGAUACGACAUUUAUGUAAAAGGAAAAGAAAAGUACGUGAAUUUAAGAAAUAAUUUAGAUGAAUCUAUCAACAACUUAGUAACUAAGAAUAGACCUAUUGUUACUCAAAAACUAGAACUCCAAGAAGAUGAAAAGUCAUCUGACGAAGAAGAGGAGGAAGAGUUUGUACCGGUAAAAAAUUAUGCGCAAGUCAGAAAAACUGAAACAACAAAACAUUUGCCAAAAGAAGCGGCUUUUGAUGACGCAGAAAGUUAUGAGGAAAUAAAAAAUGCACCAAGACUGAGAGAAGCUAUAAAAAGUACCAAAGCACAAACUGUGUAUACCGAAGAAGGAUACGAGGAUUCUGCAUAUGAUCAUGCUGGAGAACAGAAACAUGCUUCAGAUCAUGAAGCUCAUGGUGGUUUUCUUAAGGAAAAUGAACUUAGUGGAGGAAAAUAUAAAGCUCCUUCAGUUAGUGCAAGUUAUGAAGAUGCUGGUGGUUUGGCACAUAAAGACCAAGUUUUAGAUGGCAAAAUAUGGAAUGAAAAUAACAAAGAUAGUAAACAACAAGAGCAUUCUGAAGACUAUUCAGAAGAUGAUUAUGAACAUUCAGCUGAAACUGAAAAUUACAAGAACCGUCCACUUAAUAAUGAGAAAAUUCAAAGAAACAAGAGGCAUGACAAUAAUGAAUCAGAAAGUGAAGAACAUGAAACUAGUCAAGAAAGCAAUGAAUAUUUUAACACUUCUGCAAACAACACCAAUGCCACAGAACAGCAUGAUGUCAAUAAACGAGAAACAGAUUUUAAGGUACCAGAAGUAGAUAUUGAUUCUACGUUAUUAACUUCGAAAGAUAUUUUAGAAAUAGCUAAGGAAAAAAUUGUAACCCCAGACCUAUCAGAAAAAUAUCCAUACUAUUUAAAAAAUUUAAAAUCUGUCAAUAUAAAUUCUCCGAUACGGUAUGCGGAAAACUUCAAACUUAUUCCAAGAAAAACUCAAGGUGGAACCGAAUUUUAUGACUCUAGAUCACAACUUGAAUGUCCUGAAGUCGAUGAGAAAGUUGAUGCAUUGCCUGAAAAAUUAAAGAAAAGAGGGCAUCCUGAUGAAUCAGAAACAGGGGAUGAAAAGAAACAGAAAGGCGAACAAAUUGAGUCACUUCCAAGGUUAGAGGGGUUAGGAGAUAAAAUUGAUUGCUUCAAAGCUAAAUAUUUUGGACAUAAUCCACUAGAUAGUCCUUUUUUCAAUGAAGAUAUUAUUUCUGAACCACAACCGGUUUAUUUACCAAAUUUAUCAUCUUUUAAAUUGAAAGAUUCUAAAAGAGUGCCUUUAUUAGAAACUGCGUCAAAUAAUAUUGUAGCAACGCUUGAAAAUCUGCCUAGUGGAGAUAUCUACGCACUUUUGGAAAAACUGAAAAAAGAUAAUAAUCAAUUGAAAGAUUCGUUAAACACUAGUCAACAGGAAAUAGCAGAAAAACUAAACAGAAGUCAUAUACCUUUAAUAAAUAUUUUUGAAGUACCGCAUAAAAAUAACUCUAAUAAUAGUCUUAAUUUAAAUACUCUAGAAAAGUCUAUGAAAUAUUUACAUGUCACACCUCAAAAUCAAGAGACAAAUGAAACAUCUAAAAUUAUGCAAAAUAAUAAAGUUGGUGACCUUUUUGAAACUGCAAAACAUAUUUAUAACACUACAACGGCAUCUCGAAAGAAAAGAGCUGCUCCUUUUGUUUACGAACCUUAUAAAAUUAUAAGAGAUGUUCAACCGUCGGACUCCAAAAAGACAACAACUACAGGCAAUAUAAGUCCUUUAAUUAAACAACUUCAAUCGAGUAGGGUCAUUGACACUGUAGUGAAAUCUAAAGAAAAUGAUAAAGAUCAACCAUUAAAAGUAAGUCUUGGAACUAGAACAUAUAAAGAUAUUGGUAAAAAAGAACGGGAAAAGCCAUCAAACACCAACUUAAAUGAUUCUUCAAGUGCAAGUAUUGUUGAUGUAAGUGUUGAUAAGCGAAGAGGUGAGCCUAGGUAUGAAAUAAGACCUUUAAAUCAUAAAGCUGAAUACUCACCUGUUCAAAAUAAAAAAGCUAUGUCAAUAGAAGAUUAUGAAACUCAAACAAAACUUUCAAAUGAAAAUGAAACAAUAAAUAAUUUGAACACCAAAAGACCGUCAGCAAGAUCUCUUUUUAAUAUUGCGAACAAUUUUCAGAAAUCUGAAGACUUCCACAAUUUAGCAGCUUCAAAUACUGUUCGACGAACUAUAACUACAUCUCCCCGAACAGUUAAAAAUAAAAAAGUGAUACCUUCACAAGAAACAAAAGUUGAAGUUGAGAGUGACGAGGACUAUGAAGAUGAAUAUGAUGACGAAGAUGAAGAGGACGAAGAAAUAUCGACAACAUCAACAACUACUACUACCACGACAACUCCUAAGCCCAUAUUUCGCAAAAGGAUGAGAAUAGCAACUACUACUCAGUCUCCUGUUAUUGAAACUACUGAAGAGCCGACAAAAUUGAAAUUGGUAACAAGGUUCCGAAAUUCCGGUGCCAGCUACAGGAAUACAAAUGAGAAUAGUACUGCUAAGUACCCUAAGCUACAUGAUGAAUAUGAUGAUGCCACAUUUCCUAAGUACAGGGAAAAGAAGAAAAUGAGUUCAAAAAGUACUUUAGUAACAGACACAAAAAAAUAUGGGGAUGAAGACGAUGAUAUGAAAAAAGAAGAAAUUGAUGCUUUGAUAGGUGUCAAGCAUAAUAUGGAUGACUAUAUGCCAUUAUAUGAAAAAGAAGCUUUAAAGAAAAAUCAAGAAAGUAAGUCAGAUUCCAGUGAACAAGACGAAAGUGAAGAAAUUGACGAUGGAAGUGAAGAAGACGAUGAAGACGAAGAUGAUGAUGAAAGUGACGAAGACGAAGAAGAUGAGGAAGAUGACGAAGAAAUAGAUGAAACUCAACAAGUAGAAACACCCAAACCAUUCACAACAGAAUCACCAAAAAGAUCACUUGUCAGAACAACUGAUGCACCAUUGUCAACUACUGAAGCUAAAAGUGCUAAAUUAGAAAGUAAGCCAUUAGUUUCGCGGCGAAAAGUUGCAAUACAUAAAGAACUACCUGUCGACAAAAAAUCACCUCAUGUUACUGAGUUUAAACAAGAUAUUGAAGAAGUUGAAAUCAUUAAGGAAAUACCUAGAAAAACUGUAGAGAAAAAACCCAACAAAAACUCAGAAGCACUGAAUUUAUAUAAAGAUGAUAACUUGGCCACGGAUAUAAAUAAAUUAGGUGCCGUCGAAGUAUUUAAUAGAAAUUUGGAUCUCAAGAAUGGUCCAAAACAUGGUGGCAACUACAGAAAGGCUCCGGAAUUAGUAGAAAAAGAACUUAGUGAGUCAUCUGAUGCUAACGUCAAAAAACCAAAAGAUGCAGAAGCCUCUCAAACUGAAAAUAAGAAAUCAAUUGAGUUGGAUGACAGCCCGACACCAAGAAAAAUGCACGGAGGAAAUCUUAAGUCAAUCAACGACGCAAAACGCUCAAGGGGUGAGAAGAAAUUCGAAAAGUACGUUGAAUUGAAGGAUAUCACAGAAAAGCCAGAUAGUUCGCUACAUGGAGGAAAUCUUAAGUCAAUCAAUGAUAGAAGUAGACAACGAGGAGGUCACCGAAGCGAAAAGUUGAUAGAACUUGAAGAUGACCAUGAUGAUGAUGAUGAUUCUACAAACCGUAUGCAUGGAGGCAAUUUUAAACCAUACUCUAGUUCUAAUAGCAGGAAUAGCGGAAGGGGGUUGCAUGGUGGAAAUUAUAGGAGUUCAAGGUUAAUACAAGCUGACAAUAACAGCGAUGAAAGCACAAAACGGUUGGAAAAGGCAAAGACUGAAACUACAAAAAAAUUAAAUUCGGCUGAUCUUUUAAACAGUUUUGCUCGAGCAGUCCCUAUAUUGACAACCACACCAUCAUACAUACUCGAUCCAAGCAAACGAAUGUAUUACUAUGUUGAUGCAUAAUGUAUUGUUAUACUCAACAAAUAUUGAUUAUUAUAAGUACUAAACAAUUAGGUGCGUAAAUGUUUUGAUUAGAAUCGUUUAGAAAGUGCCACAACAUAAUUUCGUGUUACUUUUUGACAAAGGACGUGAAAGUUAUACGAAAUUGACUUGAUAUUAUUGUAAAUUAAUGAAUGUUACUUUUGUUAAAAACACGAACGGGAAAGUUUCUGUGAUAGAUAAAUUUAUUGUUUACUUACAUAGUUAUGGAAUUUUAUUUAUAACAGUAAUUUUACAAAUUAAAUAUUUUUUUUCUAUGUUA